AUGAAGGUUCCGUGGCCUGAUGCCUUCGAGGAUGGAGAUGUGCGGACGUUCCUGGAGGAGUUCGAGGACGGCGCAGAGAUGGUGGGAAUAGGGUCGGACCGGGGAUCAGAAUUAAAGUUUCAUGACCAGCAGCGUUCGAGGAUGGAGAUGUUCCUGGAGGAUUUUGAAGGUGUGGCGGAGCUGGCCGGAAUACGGACGGACUGCAGCAAGUUGACGGCCCUCCCAGCGCUUCUCAAGGGCUGUGCACGGGCAGUGUUGGACGCGGCACGAAGAGACCCGGAGAAGAUGUAG